AUGGUUAUCUACAUAUUGGCCAUUCCAAAGCGAUCGCUAUCAACUUUGGAUUUGCCAGGUUCCAUGGAGGAGCCUGCUACUUGCGUUUUGAUGACACAAACCCCAAAGGCGAAGAAGAACGAUAAGAGCAUUGAGGAGUUGGUCCGCUGGCUUGGUUUCAAACCGCUUCGUGUUACCUACUCUAACGACUAUUUCGAUCGAUUAUAUGAAUUAGCAGAGGCAUUAAUCCAAAGGGAUAAGGCAUAUGCCCAACGUGGUGUGGACGCUGCCGCUGGAACGAAGGGAAAAGCUCGAUACGCAUGCCCUCACCGUGACCGCCCUGUCGCUGAGUCUCUCGCCGAAUUCCGCGCAAUGCAAGGCGGCAAGUACCGUGCCCAGCCAGCUGUUUUACGAAUGAAACAAGAUCUCGCCAAUGGCAAUCCACAAAUGUGGGAUAUCACCGCGUAUCGAGUUGUUGAGGAUGAUGAAGGUGGAUUUUGUAAACAUCUGCGCACUGGUGACAAAUGGAAGAUUUAUCCGAGCUACGAUUUCACUCACUGUUUAUGUGAUAGCUUGAAAACAUCACCAAAUUCUCUUUGCACAACGGAGUUUGAGCUAUCUCGAGAGUCUUACGAAUGGUUGUGCGAUGCGCUUGAAGUAUACAAACCGAUGCAGCGAGAAUACGGGCGUUUGAACAUGAACGGGACAGUUUUAUCAAAGCGUAAACUUAUCAUCCUCAUCAGUGGCAAACUCAUUCAGUUCCAUUCACGAACACUGUCUAUAUCGACCGCAGUGAUUUCCGGGAAACCGCUUCAGAAUUUUUACCGUUUGAGCCCAGGGGUUUCCGUUAGCUUCAUGAAAGUACCGUUUCCCAUCACGGCGACCUCCUACGAAAGUGAUCCAACAACAGGGCUCGUGACUGUCGUGCGUGCGAAAUACGAGAUUCCAGAAGAAGGCUCUCCACGCAAAAAGCCCAAAUCAAGCGAGCACCCUGGCCCGCAGACACCUGCCACGAAGGAAAAUGAGAUGGAAGAUGAGAGUGGAACACUACGCCCAAAUGGCCCUGAGUCGGUUAGAUUCCAGGGCAUGCGAGUUGCAUACUUUUGUGAAGACAAAGAUAGCACGGCUGAGAAAGUUGUGCUCAAUAUGAUCGUGACUGAAGGAGGACCCCGGGAAGGAGAACACAUUGACAAGGAAGCAGUUGCACAACUACUCUUACCACACUAUAAAAAAUAUUAUGUCAAUCCAAAUCCCGCAGUCAUGACCUUCAAUAUGUGGUGGGACAGCGCACUGAGCCACGAUUACCCAUUAUUAAAAGACCGAACUAUGCCGGAACGUUCGCAGGUCGCUGUUGUUCCUGCGUUGAAGAAACGUAUAAGAGACAAUUAA